AUGAAGCAUCAAAUGCUCAAUCGUCUGUCUCGCUUAUUCACAUCCACAUCCACAUCUACCAGCAGCACUGCUCAACAUCAAGAGCACACCAGUGUAAAACAAAAGAAGUCUUGUGAUGACACUACGACGCACAAAAAACAGCGGUGGUCAACAUUGGGCAUUGGCAAAAAGACAAAGCGCAACAGUAUUCCUGCGGGUGAAUGGUUUUCAUCACCUAUUGCGAAAGGCAAAAACCGGGAUUCAGUCAUUGCUUCAUCUCCUGUAAAUGUAGGGUGUUAUUACGAUGAAAAAGUAGAAAUUAUCGUCCCCUCAGCGUCUAUCAACUCCUUCCUAACGACCACCAGUAUGAAUAGCGGAUUUCAGCAUGCUCCAUUCUACUUUUCGUCGCCCUCACUACCGCCACAACAUGAGGUGGAUGAGCAGCUGCAUACGCCAAGAACCUCUAUUGAUGAGCAAGAAAUGCAGCAAAAGCAAGAAAAGACAGUUGGAUUAGCCACCAUGGUGAACCACAUCUUGAGCGAUGCGUUUGUAGUUGCUGAUCAAGACAUAUUUGAUAGAGAUGAUUUCUAUGACUGA